AGGCUUUUCAACCUAAGCGGCGCACAACAGAUUUCAGUACUGUAAAAGAAUUAGAUGAUGCUAUUAAAUUGUUGGGAGAAAUGAAGAGUAUGCGGCCUCAGCCUUCUAUUCGAGUGUACAACAAUCUUAUGAGUGUCAGUGUAAAGAUUGAGCAGUAUUCUUUUGCCCUUAAGGUGUUUGAUGAAAUGCUUCAGAUGGGUUUCCCUGUUGAUAUUUACACUAUGAAUAUUGCUGUUAACUGUUGUUUUCACUUGAAAGAUAUGUACUCUGGUUUUGCUAUUGUGGCCUUCUUUUUUAAGAGUGGUUACGAACCAGAUGCUGUGACAAUCAACCCUCUCAUUAAAGGGUUGUUUUUAGAGGGUAAAGAGGCAGAAGCUGUGAAAUUAUUCCAAAAGGUUCUCGAUUUAAAACUUUGCGAGCCUGAUCAGGUUAUGAUUCUGCACUUGAUAGAUGGCUUACGUAAAACUGGACAGGUCAUUGUAGCUUACAAUUGGAUUCAUAGAUUAGAAAGUUGUGGGUGGAGACCCGGUGUAAAGGCUUAUAACACACUAAUUGAUGGGUUGUGUAAAGGUGGAAAGAUGGACGAUGCUGUGCAGCUUCUACCCAAGAUGAUCAGCAAGGGCGUUUUACCUAAUGUUGUCACAUAUAAUAUCAUGAUUAAGGGACUGUGUGACAAUGGUAGGCAUACCGAUGUUAGAGACUUAUUGACUGAAAUGGCCAAUUCAACGAUAUCUUUAGAUGUGCAGACUUUCAAUAUAUUGAUCGAUGCAUAUUGUAAGGAAGGGAAGAUGGAAGAGGCUACAAAUGUAUUGGAAAUUAUGACGCAACAAAACAUUUCUCCCAAUGUGGUCACAUAUAAUACACUUAUUGAUGGAUUUUGUAUGAAAAGUGAAAUGGAUAGAGCAAAACAGUUACUUGAUUCCAUGGUAGAGAUGGGAUUAAAGCCUGACAUCGUUAGUUAUAGCAUCUUAUUAAAUGGAUAUUGCAAGAAGGGAUGCGUGGAUGAAGCUUUGCUUCUUUUUCUUGAAAUUCCCAGUAAAGGUUUGGUGCCUGAUACACAUACUUAUACCACCAUGAUACAUGGAUUAUUUAGUAAAUAUAGAUUUGUUGAGGGCUGGAACCUUUUUGAGGAUAUGGAAGCCCAACAAGUAUGUUGUCCUGACUUGCAUACUUACACUACAUUGUUGGCUGUGCUUUGUAAGAAUGGGGAGAUGGAUAAGGCUGUUUCAUUGUUGCACCAAAUUGAAGAUAAAGGAUUUACCCCUGAUAUUGUUACUUACAACAGCUUAUUGAAUGGAUAUUGCAAAAAGGGAAGCGUGGAUGAAGCUAGGCUUCUUUUUCUUGAAAUUCCCAAAAAAGGCUUGGUGCGAACUAACCAUACUUAUAAUACCAUGAUACAUGGAUUAUUUAGUGAAUAUAAAUUUGCUGAGGGCUGUAAACUUUUCGAGGAUAUGGAAGACCAACAACUGCGUCCUGAUUUGCACACUUACACUAUAUUGUUGGAUGGGCUGUGUAGGAAUAGGGAGAUUAAUGAGGCUGUUUCAUUGUUGAGCCUGAUUGAAGAUAAAGGAUUUACCCCGAACGCAGUCACGUAUGGUGCUCUAAUAAAUGGAUUGUGCAAAAAUGGAAAACAUUGCAUUGCGAGACAUCUUUUCAAUCAACUACCAUCAAAUGGUGUCCAACCUGGUGUUGAGAUAUAUAAUACGAUCAUUGGUUCAUUUUGUCAAGAAGGGUCUUUCGAGGAGGUAAAACGUUUGCUGGUAGAGAUGGAGGAUCGCGGCUGUGGACCUAAUCGUGUAACAUACAAUGUCAUCAUCGGGAGUCUGCUAAAGCAAAAUGAGGCUGACAAGGCAAGAUCAUUCAUGGAAGAAAUGCGUGAAAAGGGAUUCUCAGCCGAUUCUGCAACUUCCUCGAUGCCAGAUGGAGUUGAUUUUUUCCUCAAAUUGAUGAAGGACCUUGCGCCCAAUCGUUGUUGUUCUAGUGCAGGGCGAGGAUCGAUGCUGCCAAAGGUUUAUGUCUUGUUAGGGAAGAUGAGCAGAAGGGCUGCUGUAUCUGCAAUCAAUCUCAUUCAUGGAAGAGGAUUUCUCAAUCGAUGGUCUCAUAAAUCGGAUUUUAGUGUUGUUAAAGGAUUAGAUGAUGCUGUUAAAUUGUUUGGGGAAAUGAAGAGUAUGCGGCCUGAGCCUUCUAUUCUAGCGUACAACAACCUUAUGAGUGUUUGUGUGAAGAUUGAGCAGUAUUCUUUUGCCCUUGAGGUGUUUGAUGAAAUGCUUCAGAUGGGUUUCCCUGUUGAUAUUUACACUAUGAGUAUUGCAGUUAACUGUUGCUGUCACUUGAAAGAUAUAAACUCUGGUUUUGCUAUAAUUGCCUUCUUUUUUAAGAGUGGUUACGAGCCAGAUGCUGCGACAAUCAGCCCUCUCAUUAAAGGGUUGUUUUUAGAGGGUAAGGAAGCCGAAGCAGGGGUAUUAUUCGAAAAGGUUGUGGAUUUGAAACUUUGUGAGCCUGAUAGGGUUAUGAUUCUGCACUUGAUAGAUGGACUAUGCAAAACUGGGCAGAUCGUUGCAGCCCGUGAUUGGCUUAUUAGGUUAGAAUGUAGCGAGUGGAGACCCGAUGUUAAGGCUUAUAGCACAUUAAUUGAUGGGUUGUGUAAGGGUGGAAAGGUGGAUUAUGCUUUGCAACUUCUACCCAAGAUGAUCAACAGGGGCGUUUUACCUGAUGUUGUCACAUAUACUUCCGUGUUUAAGGGACUAUGUGACAAUGGUAGGCUUAGCGAUGCUCUAGAGUUGUUGUAUGAAAUGGCCAAUUCCAAGAUAUCUUUGAAUGUGUUUACUUUCAGUAUAUUGAUUGAUGCAUAUUGUAAGGAAGGGAAGAUGGAAGAGGCUGUAAAUGUAUUGGAUAUUAUGACGCAGCAAAACAUUUGUCCCAAUGUGGUCACAUAUAGUACACUUAUUGAUGGAUUUUGUAUGAAAGGUGAAAUAGAUAGAGCAAAACAGAUACUUGAUUACAUGGUAGAGAUGGGCUUAAAGCCUAACAUCGUUAGUUAUAGCAGCUUAUUAAAUGGAUAUUGCAAGAAGGGGAGUGUGGAUGAAGCUUGGCGUCUUUUUCUUGAAAUUCCUAGUAAAGGUUUGGUGCAUAAUACGCAUACUUGUACCACCAUGAUACAUGGAUUAUUUAGUAAAUAUAGAUUUGUUGAGGGCUGGAAACUUUUUGAGGAUAUGGAAGCCCAACAUGUACAUCCUAACUUACAUACUUACACUACAUUGUUGGAUGUGCUGUGUAGGAAUGGGAAGAUUGAUGCGGCUUUUUCAUUGGUGCGCAUCAUUGAAGAUAAAGGAUUUAACCUUGAUAUUGUUAGUUACAAUAGCUUAUUGAAUGGAUAUUGCAAAGAGGGAAGCGUGUUAGAAGCUUGGCAUCUUUUUCGUGAAAUUCCUAAUAAAGGCUUGGUGCGAGAUAACCGUACUUAUAAUACCAUGAUACACGGAUUAUUUAGAGAAUAUAAAUUUUUUUAUGGUUGUAAACUUUUCGAGUUUAUGGAAGACCAACAAGUGCUUCCUGAUUUAUGUACUUAUAAUAUAUUGUUGGGUGGGGUGUGUAGGAAAAGGGAGAUUGGUGAGGCUGUUUCAUUGUUGCCCCUGAUUGAAGAUAAAGGAUUUACCCCUGACGUAGUCACGUACGGUGCUCUCAUAAAUGGAUUGUGCAAAAAUGGGAAACAUGGCAUUGCGAGAUUUCUUUUCAAUCAACUUUUAUCAAAUGGUGUACAACCUGAUGUUCAUAUAUAUAGUAUGAUCAUUGGUUCAUAUUGUCAAGAAGGGUCUUUCGAGGAGGUAAAACGUUUGCUGGUAGAGAUGGAGAAUCGUGGCUGUGCACCUAAUCAUGUAACAUACAAUGUCAUCAUCGGGAGUCUGAUAAAGCAAAAUGAGUUUGACAUGGCAAGAGCAUUCAGGGAAGAAAUGCAUGAAAAGGGAUUCUCUGCUGCUGACUCUGCAACUUCUGCCAAGUGUAGAUGGUUUUUUACCCAAAUUGAUGGACUUUGCGCCCAAGGAAAUUGUAUCCUAGUUAGUCAGUAUUAAGCGGAGGCGUUGUUGUUUCUAGUGCAGGGCAAGGAUUGAUGCAGCCUAAGAGCCAAAGGUUUAUGUCUCGAAGCUUCAAGCAGUGCUCGAUCUUUAUAUGCUUGUGAUAUACGAGUUCCUUAAUGCUGCUGCGUGAUUCAAUUGAACAUGGGAAUAUUAACAAAGUAACGGUUAGUUGUUGAGCCUGGACAGAGCUACAUCCUGAUUAAUCGAAAGAUAUCCCGUCCAGCCUAGUCCGUUUCAGUCGUGGGUCUGGUCCGAGUCGAGUCCCAAGCUACCCAGCUCGAGGCAGACGUGGUGUACCAGGAUGGACUAUUGGACUGACCCAAUCCAUUUGAUAAUUCAAUGUCUGGAUAUCUUCAUCUUCCCUUUGGACUACCCAAAAUAUUCGAUGUCUAUUCUAUUUAUUGCUACAAACCAAUAAAUUAUCAAUUGUGUAGUAGUAUAUUGUAUAUUUCUUAGAAGUUAAACUAAUAAAAUCAUUAAAUACAUGUUAUUUUAUA